CCGCCGCGCGCACACACGCGCGCCCCCGCUCCUGCGCCCGCGAGGAACCAUGACGGAGUACAAGCUGGUGGUGGUGGGCGCCGGCGGCGUGGGCAAGAGCGCGCUGACCAUCCAGCUCAUCCAGAACCACUUCGUGGACGAGUACGACCCCACGAUCGAGGACUCGUACCGGAAGCAGGUGGUCAUCGACGGGGAGACGUGCCUGCUGGACAUCCUGGACACGGCGGGCCAGGAGGAGUACAGCGCCAUGCGGGACCAGUACAUGCGCACCGGGGAGGGCUUCCUCUGCGUGUUCGCCAUCAACAACGCCAAGUCCUUCGAGGACAUUCACCAGUACCGGGAGCAGAUCAAACGCGUGAAGGACUCGGACGACGUGCCCACCGUGCUGGUGGGGAACAAGUGUGACCUGGCCGCGCGUACCGUGGAGUCGCGGCAGGCGCAGGACCUGGCGCGCAGCUACGGCAUCCCCUACAUCGAGACGUCGGCCAAGACGCGCCAGGGCGUGGAGGAUGCCUUCUACACACUGGUGCGAGAGAUCCGCCUGCACAAGGCCCGCAAGCUGAGCCCGCCCGACGAGGGCGGCCCGGGCUGCACCAGCUGCCGCUGCCUGCUCUCCUAGCCCCGCCGCGGGAGGGCGCCCUCGCCCUCGGCCCCGCCCAAGGAGGGCCUGGCCCCGCCCACGAAGGACCUUCCGGCCCCGCCCACGAAGGACCUACUCCUGGCCCCGCCCACGAGGGCCUUCUGGCCCCGCCCACCAAGCAAGGACCAUCUCUUGGCCCCGCCCACGCCCACGGAGGAGGCCGUGUCCCCUCCUUGCCGGGUCCAGAACUCAAGCCUCCAAGGACGCUUUGCACAGACUGUGGGGUCUGCAGCCGCGGGCCCGCUGUCCCGGCCUGGGGGGCACAGGCUGAGUCGCAGUAAAUUAUUGGAUGGUC